GAUGUUAUUAAUAUAAAAAAGAAAACUUGCUUGUACAGGUUUCAGUGCUCUUCAAUAUGGCAAAAAAUUCAUCAAAUUCAAUUGUUUUAAACUACUACGACUGUUUACUAAGAACUAGCGAUGUUGCAUUGCUUCAAGGAUCACAUUGGUUGAAUGAUGUUAUAAUAGGAUUUUACUUUGAAUAUUUGGAUGCAACAUGGAAUAAAAAUGAGGAAAAAGAAUUAUAUUUUGUCAGUCCGGAAUGUACACAAUUGUUAAAAAUGACAGAUCCAUCUCAAUAUAGUAUAUUUUUAGAUUCUAUGAACAUACCAAAAUAUAAAUGUAUAUUUUUUCCUUUGAAUAAUUGUGAUAAGAAAGAUGCAGCAGGGGGUUCACAUUGGAGCCUAUUAGUAUUUUGCAAACAAGAUAAAACAUGUUAUCAUUUUGAUUCAUCAAAAGGUUAUAAUAGUAAUAUUGCUUCAAAGUUUGCAGAGAACAUAAUGAAUUGGAUACUAGAUAAGAAUGAACCUAAUAAGAAGUUUGUUGACAUAGAUAGUCCACAGCAAGACAAUGGUUAUGAUUGUGGAGUUUACGUUUUAUGUUUCGCAGAUGUAAUUACAAAAUACGUUAUGAAAACUGGUAAGGUAGAUGGAUGUGAUUAUAGUCAAGUUAAAAAAUCAACAUAUACAAAACGAACAGAAUUACUGAACUUAAUAAAUGACCUUAAACCAAAGUCAAAUAGUACUAAAUGA